AUGGAUAAGGGAAUGAAGAAGAAAUGCUUGUACGCAAUCGGGGGCGGCGGAUUCAUAUUGAAUUGCUUGCUGUUGCAGCUCAUCCUCACCGACAAAGCGAGAAUCGAAGACGGCUAUCGGAAAAUUCUGCUCAUCACCACCACGUACAACAUAUAUUACUCGCUGAUCAGCAGCAUCGCCGACUUUGGAUUUGUCAUCGACGAGUUCGGCUACAUAGUGUUCAGCAAAAAUCUCUACGAGCUCGGCUACGUGGCUUCGGAAAUAGGGAUUUUCCCCACCAGCACCCGAAAUAACCUCAGCCGUACGUACCUACGCGCUCACUACGACAUUAAUAUUGACGAGCUGGCGUAUAUUGGCGGGAUGUACAAGACUCGAAACCCCGAAACAGGUGCGGUGCAGCACCUCUACGGUCCGAUGAUCGGCCCACUCCUUUGCACGACGAGCCAGUUUGCAUUGUGUUUUGCCAUUGGCUACUUGUGCGUGAAACUGUCGAGUUACGUCGGACGGUCGACCUGCAGCGACAACGCCAAGGUGUUGCACUAUCAGCUGCUGCGGCUGCUAACGAUUCAGGCGCUGGCACCUCUACUUUUCGAGUACGCCCCGGCAUUCACAGCAUUAUGGGGCAGCUUUAUUGUUGGUUUAUUCGGCCUACCGAAAACGAGUCCU